UCUGAUAAUUAUAUUCUGGUGUAGAUAAGGACCACAGUUUUUAACAAACAGGAUGUGCUUGUCAUACACAGGACAGCGGUUGGUUAUUGAAUGUAAGGCAGACCCAGGCCUUCCUGAUGACUUUGCCCUUGUCUACUGGCUGGUCAACAGCACAUUCCCAGAGGUAGCCUACACUGAUGGCAGAGUAUCAGAAACAGAAGAGUAAGUACUGGGGUUUGCUUCACAUGCAGACAUUAUUGGAAGCUUUGAAGCCUACGCCAAAUCAUGACUCUUACUUUUUCUUAUGCGUGUAGAGCAGGCAAAGUGUUCAGUAUGAGUUCUGUUCAGCUGUUGUACUAUAUAAUAUGUGGAAGGAGUGUUGGCUAAGUGUUAUAAAUGUGUUGUUUUUAGAUCAGUUUCAGAGGACGGCAGGGUGAUCCAGAGGAGUCUGGUGUUUAAGAGCGUGACUGCAGAGGACUUCAGUUCCACCUUUACCUGUGUGAUAAGCAGCCCGGCUGGGCUUGACCAAAGGACUGUCACACUGAUGCACAAUCACACGGCUAGAUUUCCCACUCCUUCACCCACUCCCAAUACCAAACCGAGGCGAGAACAAUGAGAGGAGAUAUAGGAAAAAGGAUCAAAGAAAAACACGCCAGCAAGAAAUGAGAAGAUAGAUGGUCUUAGUCCACUCGUGUAUCAUCAAUAGUUAAGUGAAAAAGACAAUGAACACUUACCAACAAAAAGCCCUUCUAUUGCUCUAUCUACUGGCAAUAGUCAAGUAUGGAUUCUAACGCAAUAAUAUUGAGGACUCAAAAAUAAUGACUAACAAAGGAUGGAUUAAAAAAAGAAUACAUUAAAACUGUGACCAUACACAUGUUUUUUGCACUGACUCACAACUGUAACCUAGAUUAAAGACAAUGUAGUUCAGAGGGAACUUCUCUUCAUCUGCCCUUAUUCUUUCACAUCUCUGUUAGAAAUUGAUUAAGUUGUGUUUUAUCAUAACAAAGCGACACCAUAAAUGUCCUGGAAGUAGGCAGCCAUUGCAAAUAAGAUUGUAUCAUGUAAUUUGUGUGCACCUUGUAAGCACAUCUCAAGCAUUGAUAAGAGUGCAUUUACAUCAGCUCACUAUUUAUGUAAAGCAUGAUAACGACAAUGUUAUAUUUUGUGUAUAGUUAAUACAUGUGUGAUGGCCUAUAAAUAUACAUUUUCAAUGGGAUUAAUUGGUUUCACAGUACCUUUUACUCUUAUUUUGAUAACCCCUCACAGUAGCCGAGUGAGUGACCUCACUGCCUCUCUCAGUAGUAUAGUGUAAUGCUACUGCCACCUUGUGGCUGCUUUUCUCAUUACAGAUUUCCACUUACCCUUUCCACAGUUAUUUAUAUUUUGUUACAAAGCAACCCUGAAGUAUCCAUAU